AUGCCUUGGGAGUCUGCAUAUUGGCGGUGUUGGGGUGUCCAGCUGGUGGGGUUCAGGUGCUGCACAACUCACGCAGCCGCAUGCGGCGCCAGUAGACAGUCGAGCGUCCAUUCACCGGCGCGUUUUACGAUGAUGCAAAGGGUGCAUCCACCGGACGCGGGCGAUGAGUCUCUUGGAAAGCAUCAAGAACCGGAUAUAUACUGUACUUGGUAUUGCCUGCCUAGUGCCUACGGAUACCGUAUGGUAGACACGCAGCAGGUCGUGAAUCGAGGACAGCGGGCUGCAAGUAAGGACAGAGUUCGGUUGUCCGUUGGCCGUCACGCGGCAACUGCUUCAUCGUUGACUGUUGCUGUAACUGUUGCGACGAGCAAAACAGACUCAUCACCAAACCAGUUUAUGCAGCGGUCUGAUAUCCUUGUCCGCCCCAAAGCCGAGCCCGUUGGAAAACACCACCUUCGCACAUAG